CAUGGUCAUCGCCUGCGGUUAGGAGCAGCCAGCAAUUCCAUGGAAGCCACGAUCCGCGGCGCCCUCGGCGCGCUGGAGGACGUCGACGACGACGUCGUCGAGUACCUGUCGUCGCUGCUCGCGGACGGCGGCAACGAGGCGGACCACGGCGAGGCCGUGCGCGAGAUGCUCGACUCGGCGACAGACUGCGGCGAGGCCGUCGCCGACGCCUGCGCGCUCGAGCUCUUCGCGGCGCUCGGCGGCGCCGCGGCCGCGGACGACGACGGGGCGGACGACGUGGGCGAGUGCACCGCGAAGUUGGAAAAGACGGUCACGAUGGCCGACGGCCUCGAGGAGCUCAGGAAGCAGGCCAAGACCUUCGACCAGUUGGAGACGCAGGAGCUGGGAUUGAAGAGCCUGCGGGCCCAGCGCAAGGAGCGGCAGCGCGACGAGCGGCGGCGAGAGGAGGCCGCGGCGCUGGAGCGGUCCGUGACCUACGAGCUCGAGCGCGCGACCGCCAAGACGCUGGACGACGACGGCGACGACGACGACGACGACGGCGGCGCCCAGGGCGAUUUGCCGCUGGACUGCCAGCUGCGGAACUUCGACGUCGGCAACAAGCGCGGCGCGGGCGACGUGCUGACGGGGUGCUACGUGACGCUCAGCGCGGGCCGGCGCUACGGCCUCCUGGGCCGCAACGGCUGCGGCAAGACCACGUUCCUCGAGUGGCUCGCCGGGCGGCCGCGCGACGGCAACUCCAAGGGCUCGAAGCCCCUCGUGCCCGACCGCGUGUCGCUGCUGCUCGUGAAGCAGGAGAUCGUCGGCUCCGAGUGCUCCGCGGUGGAGACCGUCGUCCGCUCCGACGCGCGGCGCGAGGGCCUGAAGCGGGCCAUCGCGGAGCUCGAGAAGCCGGCGCACGCGAAGCUCGCGUCGUCGCUGGACGCGCUCGCGCGGUGCUACGAGCAGCUCGCGCGGCGCGACGAGCUCCGGGGCGCGCCGGGCCCGCGCGCGCGCAAGGUGCUCCACGGCCUCGGCUUCGACGACGCGAAGAUGGACCGCCCCACGGGCGAGCUCUCGGGGGGCUGGCGCAUGCGCGUGAGCCUCGCCUGCGCGCUCUUCGCGUCGCCGUCGCUCCUCCUAUUGGACGAGCCGACGAACCACCUCGACCUCGAGGCGACGAUGUGGCUCGAGCGAUACCUCACGAAGGAGUUCCGGGGCACGCUCGUCGUCGUGAGCCACGACCGGAGCUUCCUGAACACGAUCGUCUCCGACGUGCUGGCCUUCGACAAGCAGAAGAUCAAGCAGUACCGCGGCGACGUGGCGAACUUCGAGGCCGUGCGCGAGGAGGACCGCGCGCGGCAGCAGCGGCAGCGCGAGGUCCAGGAGAAGAAGCGCGAGGGCCUGCAGAAGUACAUCGACGAGCACGCCAAGUCGGGCGAGAACGGGCCCAAGGCCGCGGCGCAGCGCAAGUCGAAGAUGAAGAAGAUGAACCGCCUCGGCGUCGAGGCCGCGGGCGAGGGCAGGAAGUACAAGCUGUCCUACGACGCGCCGGCGGAGGAAGUCGACGACGUCGACGAGGAGGAGGCCGUCGUCCUCGAGUUCCCGGACCCGGGCCCCUUCGACCGCGCGAUCGUCCGAUGCCAGCGCGCGUCCUUCUCCUACGACGCGCCGCCGGACGCGCCGCCGCCGCCGCCGGGCGGGCGGACGCACCUGCUCGCGGACGUCGACCUGUCCGUGGACGCGAAAUCGCGGAUCUGUUUGCUGGGCCGCAACGGGUCGGGCAAGUCGACGCUCAUCAAGCUGCUCGUCGGCGACCUCAUGCCCUGCGACGGCGACGUGACCAUCGAGCCGGGCGCGAAGAUCGAGUUCCUCGCGCAGCACCAGCUCGAGCAGCUCGACCCCUUUGGCACUCCGCUCUCGGAGCUCCGGGAGCGGUACCCGGGCGACGGCUCGAACCAGCACGAGCUCGUGCUCCGGGGCCACCUCGCCAAGUUCGGCCUCGGCGGCGACCGCUUCCCGCACCAGAAGAUCCACACCUUAUCGGGGGGGCAGAAGUGCCGCGUCUGCCUCGCGGCGGCGAUGUACCGGCGGCCGCACCUGCUCGUGCUCGACGAGCCGACGAACCACCUCGACAUGGAGACGACGGACGCGCUCAUCGACGCGAUCAAGACCUUCGGCGGGGGCGUCGUCGUCGUCUCCCACGACGCCCACCUGUGCUCGUCGGUCUGCGACCAGCUCUGGGUCGUCCAGGACGGCGCCGUCGCGCGCUACGGCGGCACGUUCAAGGACUACAAGCGCGAGGUCGUCCAGGGGAAGCGGUGAUGUUACCUUAAUACGGUAUUCCU